UGAUUUUUUUAUGUGUUUGUAAUUAUAUAUUGAGAUAAAAAUAUAUUUAUCUUAAAAUAAACAUGCAGAAAAACAUUUUUUAAUGACACUUUAUUUAAAAAAAAAUAAUAAAUUGAUUUACUUUUAUCGGUGGCAGUGAAUUCUAAUAUUUAUGUACCUCUGCUCAAAGAAAGACUAUUUUGAAUGGUUUUAACAUCAUUGUGAAAAGAUCGAUAUGUCCGAUACGCUUCAAGACGAAGAGACGUCACCGACACGAAGUAAUUCUCUUAAAAUAUCCCUUCCCACCGUACUGUGCACAGAUGUCACCGAUAAUCCUGAAUUAACUGAGACAAAUUCAUUUGUGAAUUCAGAAUCAAAACUGUCUCUUCCAUCCAGUUUCGGUACACCUACUUCGCCGUUAAGAUUAUCAUCACCACUUUCGUUGCCAUCCUCGCCUACACCUUUUGCAAAGACACCGCUUCAAACACGCUCCAACAAAUCCUUAGAUGAUCCCUCACAACAGUCCUCCGAGAAAAGUCAACCAAGCAGUAUGAACCCACCGUUAAUCAACUCAGGAUCAGCUACUGGCAACCCACGUAACAAAUGUGCCCUUCAACCCGGCCACAGUCUCAUGGACUGGAUUCGACUCGGUAACUCUGGAAAAGACCUCACAGGAGUUGGGGGUCGUAUCCGACCAGUCACUCCCGCCGAACUCGCUACACACAACACAGAAAAAGACGCAUGGUUAGCAAUACGAGGACGCGUUUACAAUAUUACAUAUUAUCUACCUUACCAUCCCGGAGGAUCUGACGAACUUAUGAGAGGCGCUGGUAUUGACGCAACGGAGCUUUUCGAUAAAGUACAUCCGUGGGUCAAUUACGAUUCACUUCUAGCAAAGUGCUUGGUGGGACCUCUUCGUUUCGAUCGACCGGACGGUGACGAACUCUUUGACAUUUCAAAUCCAUCACCGAAAUCCGACCGGCUCAGAGAACCGUCUAAAGCUCAGGAAUUAGUAAGGAAAUCGAUGGAAAACUUAGCAAACUGCAUAACACCCGUUAGAAAAAAAAUAACCGCUAAAAGCGAGGAAAACGUCAAAGGAAGUCCUCCCAGCAAAAUAAUGCAGAGUUUAAUACAGUCGAGCGAUUUGCCUGUGUCUAUAAGCCGAAGGGCGGCGUCGAGUCCACUGAAAUCUGCAGACCAGUCAAAAGACUCGCCGCCUUCAUUGCGCUUUGAUUGGAUCCAAACGUCGACAAAGCUAACUAUCUCGGUAUAUACGGGACUUUUAAGUAAUCCCGGCGGUUGUGCGAGGAUUUCAGAAGGUGCUUUGUUCAUAGAUGUCGCGACUAAUGGAUGGCUACGAACAUUAAAGUUAGUGCCCGAAGAAGCUAUAAAGGAACCUUUGCAGAUAAGAGUGUUUUCUGAAAGCGGUAAAAUAGAGGUUACAGUGCUAAAGACUACACAUAAAGUCUGGAAGAACAUAGGCGAGACAAUUUUCAGUUCAGCGACUCAUAUAUCCUCGCCUCGUACACUUGAAUGUAGAGUGAUGCACGUAGAACGGAUCUCGCACGACACAACCCUACUAGCACUGGCACCUAAAUCUGGGCCGGUCGUAGUGCCAUUGGGUCACCAUGUGCGAGUACACCAUAAAAUUAACGAUAAGGAGUGUAUCCGUUCUUACACGCCCGUGGGUGACAGUUGGGACCACUUCGGGAAUGAAUACAGCGCUAUGAAGUUGGCAGUCAAACGUUAUAAUACCGGGGCUCUCUCUCCUUAUCUAACAACCCUGAAAAUUGGAGACUCGGUCACACUCUCGGGACCUUAUGGGAACUUUCAAUUACAAAAGCUGAAGCGAGUAAAAAUCUUAUAUUUAAUAGCGGCAGGUACGGGCAUCACGCCAAUGUUGGGGUUAUUAAGAUUCAUGCUAGCGAGAUCAAAUCCGAGAUGUGAACGGAUAAAUCUACUAUUCUUCAACAAAACGGAAGAGGAUAUUCUGUUUAAGAAUAAGUUCGAAGACAUAGCGAGGCAAGACGAGAGAUUGAAAAUAGAACACGUUUUAUCAAACGCCAGUUGUUCGUGGAAAGGACAAAAAGGUCGAAUAAGCAGUAAAGUUCUUUCGGAAAUCCUGGAUGAAAAAGCCCUCUCCACAGAAGAUACGCCACAUUUCGCUUGCUUGUGUGGUCCUACGGAAUUCACGCACACUAGUCUCGACUUGCUAAAGAAACUUGGAAUGAAAGAGAAUGAUAUACAUGCUUUUAUAGGAUAAGUGUAAAUAAACAGACGUUGGAUGUAUGUGUCAUGUUAGAAUGUUUACUUACAUGUGCAAAUAUUUCAAACCGAUAUUGUUAACAUUUGUCUAUCAAAACAAUUUUAAAUUUCCUCGGAAACGUCCGUUACAAUAUUGUUUAUUUUGUUAUUAUUGUUAAUUUUAUUCAUCAUCGUAGCGU